AUGGAGCUGUCCAUCUUCUAUGUGGUCUACUUCAUGGUCUUCCCCUUCUUCUUCGUCAACAUCUUUGUGGCCUUGAUCAUCAUCACCUUCGAGGAGCAGGUGAUAUCUGAAUGCAGCCUGGAGAAGAACGAGAUGUUGAGCCCCUUUGUGGCCGUGAUCAUGGACAAUUUUGAGUACCUUACACGGGACUCUUCCAUCCUAGGGCCUCACCACCUGGACGAGUUCAUCCGGGUCUGGGCUGAGUACGACCCGGCCGCGUGGCCAACACAGGACAUGGAAGGGCCAAGACACCUGGCUGCUGGGGAAGGCACAGGCCGGCUCAUCGCCUCGCUCAUGGUGAGCGCUCAGCAGACAUGAAUGUGAAUGAACCAAGUGCAUCAGUAAACGGAUGGGCAUCCGUCCCUUCCCACGCUCGAAGGGAAUGAGA